AUGGAUUCGCAUCAAUCAACCGACUUGUUUACGACGACAACAUCGUAUGGAUCUGUCGAACCGGCUGCAGACGUAGUCGAUGGAGUCCACAAGCUUGCCAUAGAGGAAGAAGACGACUACGAAGUACACGAAGACGAAUCCGUGACCCCCGAGGAGAUUGACCCGUACGAUUCAGACGACUCUGAUGCAUUCGAAUACCGUGUAGAUCUUGCUACUCAGGAGCUCCAGCAUGCGCACAAACCAGUUCAUACGCGCGCACUAAUCGAGCGUGUAAAAGAUUGGGUUGAUCAGAUCCGUGGAGAGUUCUCUUUAGCAUCUAAGCAGCGAGUACUCAAUCAUAUCGAUGCUUCCGGGCUGAGCAAGAAAAAGUACAGGGUCUGGAAUCGGGAUGACGUUAAGGCCAACACCAUCCGAGUUGACUAUCUCUCGCGAGUUGAGAUGCAUCCUGACUUUCAAAGUCAAUAUGGAAACCAUUCAGAACAGGUCAAGACUCUCCGACGCUACAACAAAGACCACAAGCAAGACUGCAUCGACACGCCAUACACUUUCACAACCUUUGAUCGAUGCUUCUUCAAUGAACACAAGAACAUAGCAAAGAUGAGGACAUAUUGGAGCACUAUACAACACACAAAACGCCUUUGGAUAGCGAGUUCCGCGAGAAGACAGCUGAUAGAAGCAUUCCAGGAGACAGCCAAGACGUGCGCACCGAUCACGCAGGUUGUCUGCUUUGGGAUAGGCGCGCUUAAUCUUAAGAAGAACUGGUACCAUUCCGCCAUCCAAUAUAUGGCCAUCUUCAGCAUUAUACAAGCACUGGAUCAGUACUACCAUCAGGCCGACCCCGCUCGGCCUUUGAUCAAGCUGGUACUACAAGAUCCGAAUUACGAGACCAAAGAUCAUGAGAUCUUGCGAAAAUUGUUCAACAACAACGACAAUAUCAGCUUCGUGUCCGACCCGGAUGGUCUCCUCGCAAUUAAUGCGGGAACGCUAGUCGUGACAGCCCAUCUCCCCUUCCAAAUGCCCCUGGUCCAGAUAAUAGCCGAUCUAAUCUCGGAAAAUCCUGGUCAAGGCCCAGCGGCAAUACUAUGCGACAUCAUGGAAGUCGAUACUGAGAAGCGGGAGUACUCGUUUAGCGAGCGCGCAUCUCCAGGUGUUGCCCGGCAUUUCACGAACCAUUACGAAAGGGAAGAGGAUAGAUUUGAUCUCGGAUUAGAAGAUGAGCUCAUGGCAGAUGCAUAUGGAGAAGAUUGGCUGGAGAAGGACAGAACGUACUGGCUGAACAACAUGGAUCUAUGGGUGCGAAAAAGCGGUGGAAUCCAAGAACGGCACGUUCAAGAUCAGUAA